AAAUUAGCAAAUUUCUCAUAAUUAUUAUGAGAGCAUUGAAAGUAGUAGGGGUAAUAUAGUCAGCUAAAUUGGGUUAAUGGUUUCCAUCCAAGUUUUUUGGAAUCAAUCACCAAUCAAAGCAAAGAAGGAAUCAACAGAGUUUUGAGUGAAUAUGGCUGGGAGAGCUUCGAUCCCUGCUCGCAACUCUGCCCUCAUUGCAAUGAUCGCCGAUGAGACCGUAGUUGGAUUCUUGAUGGCUGGAGUUGGUAAUGUUGACAUCAGGAGGAAGACUAAUUACCGCAUCGUUGAUUCCAAGACAACCGUGAGACAAAUUGAGGAUGCUUUCAAGGAAUUCUCAUCUAGAGAUGAUAUUGCUAUCAUCCUCAUCAGCCAAUAUGUUGCUAAUAUGAUCAGAUUCUUGGUGGAUAGCUAUAACAAGCCAGUUCCUGCAAUCCUAGAGAUCCCUUCCAAGGACCAUCCCUAUGAUCCUGCUCAUGACUCUGUUCUCUCCCGUGUCAAGUACCUCUUCUCUGCUGAAUCUGUGUCACAGCGUUAAAUCAUAUACAAUACAUUCUGUUCAGCCUUUUAUCACUUGUUUGUUUUUGGCUUCUUAUACAAUCUUUGUUUAUUUUUCAUUCCGAACUCGUAAAUUUUCAAUAAUGUAUAACUCUUGGUUUUUCAUUUGGAGAUGGCUUUAAUAUUAUUAUUAUUAUGAA